AUAGCUCGCUUUUUUUCUCCUUCGCUUACCCCCACCCCCUCACGCUUUCUCCUCCCUCCCAGUUCCUGGCUGUGUCAAGCGGCGGCCGCCACCACCACCAACGUGGAGAGCAGAAAGCUGCCUCCGAACGUUGGGGUAGCUUCGAACGGGCUCCUCGAGCCGAGGCGCGAGCGGCAACCGUUGGACGGUACCAACUGCCUUUCGUCGGGGAGAGACGCCCCGCCGGGCAGUACCGAUUGAGACAACCCCGCACCUGUUGGUUCUUUCUUUCAACCGCCUCCCCGCACCCGCUCGGGGUUCCGGCGGCUCCCCCUCAGCGCGUCAGGCAGAGAAACGCCCGCCCGCCCACCCCGCCGCAGCCAGCUCGAACCGGAGCAGCCGCCGCCAUGGCCGAGACCGAGGAGAGGAGCCUGGACGACUUCUUCGCCAAGAGGGACAAGAAGAAGCGGCGGGAGAAAGGGAGCCGGGGAACCGCUGCCGCCGCCGCAUCCUCGGCCUCCUCCGCCUCCAGCGCGCCGGGGGGAGCUCGGCCGGCCGAGGGGGGCUCCGGGGCCGCCGCCAGCACCGCCUCCUCCGCCAGGGCGGUGGUUAAGGAAGAGGAUGAAUGGAAGGAAUUCGAACAAAAAGAAGAGAUUGACUACAGUGGGCUCAGAGUUCAUUCCAUGCAAAUAAGUGAAAAAGAAGAUGAUGAAGGUGAAAAGAGAGAAGAACUAGGUGACAACUGGGAGGAGGUUGGUGGUGGUGUAGAGAGAGCAUCUGGUCCUUGGAACAAGACCGCUCCUGUGCAAGCACCUGUUGCUGAAACUAUUGUUACAGAACCCCCUGAACCAGUGCAAUCUAGUGGUGUAUACCGACCGCCUGGUGCUAGGGAGACCAGGACACGGAAAGCACCACAAGGACCACCAGAGAUCUAUAGUGAUACACAGUUUCCAUCAUUGCAAUCCACUGCCAAGCAUGCAGAUAGCCGAAAGGAUAAAGAAAUGGAGAAGAGCUUUGAAGUAGUAAAACACAAAAAUAGAGAUACUGAGCCUUCGUAAGGGUUGACUACCUCAGACUUGCUGCACUCAUUGUGGACACCAUGUGGAUCACAACUUCUGGAAAAGAAGGUUACAACUGUUUUAGUGGCCAUCUGAAACUUGAAACCAGCUUCUCUACUGGGUUCCUGUCAGAAAUCCUGCAGAAGUCAGCCAUUUGGUUCUGAUUUGCUAUAAAUAACAAAGAUUUAAGUGACCUUAAUGAGAAACCUGUCUGGUGUCCCAUCCUGAGGAAUCCUUUCAUGUGUAACCAUAGCCUACUAGAGACUUUCUGGAGCAUACCACUUUAAAAAACUAUCAAAGUAUAGUACAGAGCUGUAGUUUGUUUACCUUUUUAGAUAGAGCUGUACUGAGGUAACCACAAAACAAAACUCAUUGCAAUACAGAAUUGGAGGGUGUAUGGGGUGGGGAUUGAUUGGGCUGUUUGCAUUAGCCAUUUUCACAGUUGUGUUCAAGCGUUUUCUUUGUUCUUCUACAAAAAAUGCCUCCCUUGUUUCUGGUAUAAAAUUGCAGUAUACUCGAGUAAAAAUGUGAAAUGUGUUAAUAGUGACAAGUUUAUCUUGGUUUUCAUAAUUGGGUCGCUUCUCUUUCUCUGAGGGACCAGGACUUCAGUAGGCUUUGAUUUGGUACACAGCAGAAGCCUGUGCUCCCACUCUAGUCUUCAGAACAUAGUUUCAAAAAAUACAUGCAGUAUACAGGGCAGUAAUAGUAUUAACCUCAAGAUAAGUUUUUCUGUUGUAGCAAAAGUAACAGCUGUCUCCAACCAAUCCUAUCUUAUAUGAGUCAGCUGAUAUAAGACUCUGAAGGAAGGAUAACAUCAAACCUAGUGAAAUUUCAUUUGUUAUGGCUGCUUAAGAUCACCAUGUGAGCUUGCAAACUGUCCAAGGCAGAAAUCCUCACUUUAAAUGGCAUUUUCUCAACUGCAGGAAGCCUAGUGACAAUGGAAGGAGUGACAACUUUGUUCAAUUUUUGGCCAUCUCUAUUGACUUAAUUUAGUGGAGAUAAAUACAAUGGCAUGUGUAUGCUAAAGCUAUAGGAUAAAUAAUACCCAGUUGCUUCUAUACAAUGAAAGAGAAUCUGACAACCACCCAAACUCCCCCGGGGCAUACCAUCUGUCUUUCCCCUUGCUUCAUUUAGUUUGUUUUUAGUAUGCUAGCUAAGUGAGUAAGCACCUCUUUCCAAAUCUAGGUUUCUCCCUGUAAAUGUGAAUGCCAAAAGGAGGAGCUGCAGACUUAUUCCCUUGUCCACUUCAUACUUGCCAAUGGCAAAACAAUCUUACUGAUGUAGUACUUUAUGUAUAGGAGACCAGGCUUGGUGGCUCAUGCAGAAAUUACAUGGUUAGUUUCCUUUGAUUUAAUUGCUGAUGUUCUAAAGGCUGUUUCCUUUGAAGUCUGUAAGAAUCUUGCUGUUGACUUCAGUGGGAUCAGGGCUUGCCCCAGACUCACACUGUGCUUGGUAUAGAACUGGCCUUAAAGCCCUUGCAUUGUUAACUUUCUCAGUAAAAUUUCCGAACUAGCAGCUAUGAUUAGGUAGACUGAUCAAAAGACAUUUAAAAACCUGAAGAUUUCAUUUUGAGAAUCAAAACCACUGAAAGUAGAUUUACAUGGCUCAGAGUCCAAUGGUAGUAGUAAUCUUCCCUGAAAAUAUCUCUGCCAACAAAACAUUUGUUGGUUUAUGUCACUAAAAGUUUAAGAUUGUCCUAUUUGUGGUAAGUGUCACUCAAUCACAUGGUAGAAACCUAAAAUACUAAAUCCCAACUUUGUUCUGACAUUUUAAAGAAGGAUAUUGGAAUUGUUAAUGCACAUGAAUCAAGUUUUUAAUAUACUGUAUGAUGGGUAGAUGAGGCUGUCCAUUGUACCUUUAUUUGAAUUCUCAGGCAUGGUUUUGGCAGUGCAAGAAAACCUGUAACAUUAAUAAAUCUAAUAAAGUGGAAAUAUACAUGGA